GACCUACCUCAAACAACAUCAAUGAGGGUUGAAUCAUUGCAACACGCAUGCUCCUAUCACCCGCUUCAGAGUUUCCGUUCAGAAUCUCAUCACGUAGCAACCAUGCUUUUGAUGUGCUGAUUAUUUCGUGGCCUAUACCCCAGCCAAGGCGUUACAACAAACACUAUUGAAACGUACGAUGCAUUACAACACGACCAAUGUGAUGGGCGAUAAUAUUAAAACUAAAUUGUGUCUGCUGCUGCUUUUAGCAAUAUGCACCAGAGUCUAUUCAGCAAAUGCUAGGCACAUUAUUACCAAGAGAAAUUACAGCGAUCAAAGUGUACGCGGAUAUCUUGCAGAGAGGACCUGUUGGUGGAACGAGGUGUGCAAGGAAGAAUUUCACAGUAAAUUUCGUUGUCGAUGUCCAAGAUGGUCUUAUUGUCGUGCGCCAGGAAGAUAUUAUGAUGCUCAUUGCAGCAUGACCAGAACUGGUUACAUAUGGACACAACCGGAAACAUCUCUUACAUUAGAAAUUGAUAAAUAAUGCUUGAGGGAACACCAUAUGCUUGUCGGUACAUCAUCUCUGUAAUAUUUCAAGAAUAAUAUUACACGUUGAAAUGUAAAAAUGGUAGGGAAAACAAAUGGGAACCAAACUAUAACCACUGUUAAUCAAAAUUAUAAGAAUAGCAUUAAGGUAGAUUAUUGGCUGUGAUUAGCCGAAAUACCGCUGAGGAAGCAAAUACAUUUGAUUGGUCAUUUAAUCGUUAAUCCUGCAACAGCUGUGAAAUUUCACCAAUCAAAUGUGUUUGCUGCCUCAGCCAUGUUUCUGCUGAGCAUAGCCAGUGACAAUUGCAUCGCACGAUGCAAGCUUAAAGUUUUUGAUCAGCUUCUUAGAAUGAUUCAACACCUAACCGUUAUUCGUUUCUUAAAAAGGAAAUGAAAUUGUUUCUCUUAGUCGAGCGAAUGUAGAAUAAAAAGUUUUUAAUGAAUUACUUAUACACAGCACAACUUUUAACAUUCUCUUGACUCUAUUCCAAGUUUCAAAUGAUCAUAAUUCGAUGAAUUCGCAAUUGCUUAUUUAAAUCGUUAAUUUACGAUUAUAUCAACAUAAUAUGAAAGCUGCCAUACUUCGUAUGUUUUAAUACAAUUCAUUACCGUUAUAAUGGCACAGGUUGCAGAGUUAUGAUAUAAUGUUUUUAUCAGGAUUUGUAUUUACCGUAUUUCCUGGUUAAUGCACCUUUAACGACUCCAUUAAUGAAAAACUGAUGAUGAUCUCAUAAGGUACUGAACGUAUAAUCCGUUAUGUAUUUACAAGAUUAAUACACAGGAAUCGUAAUAAUCAUACUGUACACAUACACAAUUAUGUAAAAAUUGAGAAAUUAUCGAAUUUUCGAACAUCGAAAGUGCUAUUGCAUUAAUAUCUGAAAUUAGGCACGUUUUACUCAUAUAUCUCUUUUAUAUUUUUUGAUUUGUAUCUUUUCUAAUAUAAUGAUUAUACUGUUGCUGCUUAUCGAUUGGCAGUACGUUCGUCUUAUGGCGGUUCGAAUUAACGAAUAUUUACAAUCCUUUAGCGCUACGUUUCACGGGGUUAGACUCAAUAUAAAUAUUUUCGCUGUACUCCCAGCUGGAAUCAAAAGACGUAGUAUUAUAAUAUGUAUAACGAUAUGUGAUGCAACGACUAUCAGUAAGGAAUAAUUUUUUUAAUUAGGGGUCGAUUAGAAAAUUUAAGCCUUCGUAGACCAAGAGAAGUUUGCGCUCUAAAUUGUAGCAUUAAUAAGUCACUUGUUAACGAUAUGAAUGUUGACAAGUGAGAAUGAACAUUUUUGUGACAAUAUUCUAUAUUAUACCAUAAGGCUAUAACUAACGUGCAUUGUUAUUUAUUGUUGUAGCAUAUUGCAUAUACAAAAAUAAAGAUCGA